AUGACCUCGGUAAACGCAGCCAAACAUCAUUUCUUCCUUCCCCUGCCCCCUCGCUCGCUUCAGGCUUCCCCACCAUUCUACAGGCUUCCAGCUCUCAUCACCACGUAUUCGCAUUUGCCCGAUCGGUCGAUAGCGCAUGGGGACCAGAGCAUGGCUUAUUAUCGUCCGGCUCCGAUAGGCUGUGACCUCAAUCAUGGAUUUGAUAGGAAGAUAGAGAGGGAUGAGAACUUGGACGAACAUUUGGAUGGUCUCUGCGUAGCUCUGCAAGACGUAUGGCGGAGUGGGAAGAAAGGAGAGAGAAGGGGCGGAUUCAUCACUUGGAGGGGUAUGAUUACCAGGCUUAUGACCGCUCCAUUUGAAGAACGCGAAGGUUGGGAGAUGACCGCCGUUGCACUGGACGGGUCUAUCUACAUCGAACAACACGACCCUCCCGAUUUGCGUAAAGACAGACGAAAACAGCAGUCCUCUUGGGCUUGGCAAUCAUAUAUGGGUUAUGCCUUCGAGGCUUUCUCCACAGUACCCGCUGCUGGGGAAGACAGAAAGAACGAUGAUCCCGCGGGAUGGUCAGGGGAUGUCAAUACAAAGGUCCAGUGGGAAUUGACGGGUAGCGUAAUACGUUCGGCCAUUGGGGAUAUUCCACUCUGUCUGGGAGGCGAGGUUGACUGCGUCCAAGCCGAAAUUGGCUCUCCUCAUCCUGGUCUUGACAAGUGCAUGGAGCUGAAGACAAACAAGGUCAUUGAAAAUGAGAAACAGGACCUCAUCUUUCAUAAGAAAAUGCUCAAACACUGGGCUCAAUCUUGGCUACUUGGAGUUCCUACGAUAGAAGUUGGCUUCCGGGACGACGCCGGCAUUCUCAAAUCUCGAAGCACAUUUGACACCACACAAAUCCCUCGGUUUAUGGCCUCGUUAUCUGACCCUCCUUGGCAUCCGACCCCUGCUCUGCACUUUCUUCACGCUGUCCUAUCUCUAGUCCUCCAUCAUGUCCUGCCUACCGAUCCUUGCCCUUCUGAGGGCCUUCCGGCUGACGCUCCCCUCCCUCCUGCCGACGUUUGGCGCUUCAGCUUUAUUCCUCGUCGCGGUUGCGAGCUUUACAACGUUGGACCCAUCGGCACCGUGGGCGGUCGAUGGGGUGAUGUGCUUCCUGAGGAAUACGUACGAUGGAGAAUGUCCAAACGUUAG